GCGAAAGUGGCUGCUGGAGCCAAUAUCCAAUUUCCGCGAUGGGUACGGUGCCUCCACUCACGAGCCAAUCGCACUCUAAAGGGCAGGCAUACGCCGUCCGCACAAAUAGCAUUGUCAAAUUGACAGAAAAUGUGAUAGAAAGUGAGAUUGAGGACAAUCUUCGCCAAGUUGAUGAGACUCUUGAUUCCAUCAAACAUUUGGCAGUAGAUCUCAAUGUGCAGCUGAGUAUUCAAGAGCCAAAACUUGACCGGAUACAUGAACUGGUUGAAAACAGCGAUUCAGCCAUGGGCGGGGCUAAUGCAAAGGUAAAGAAGCUGCUCUCAGAGUAAACACAGAAAGUCGUACUCAACUUAUAAGAUAACGUAAUUCACCUGUGU